AUGCUUCUUCUGGCAUUUCUCAUGUUGAUUCCUGGUGUGGAGACAAAAGAGACACCGGUCAAGUGUGAGUAUCCGGAUGAGAAGAAGGUCAACGAGUGUCUGCAGCCCAUGCUCGACUAUGCGACAAAACUUCAAGCUGAGACGGGCGCCAUGCAAUUCCCACUUCAGGGUGGACAUGUUUUCAAUCAAUUAUGCUCGAUUUAUACGGACUUCAAGACAUGUGUCUCUUCGGUCCGUUGUGAUUCUCUCUCGAUUGACGCUGUACAUGCUUCAUACAGUUAUAUGUGUGGUUCUGGUCAACCAUUGUUUCAAAAACAUGCUGGGUGCUUUGCAGAGGUUGAAGCUCAAAAAGAGUACAUCAGUUGUAAAAUCGCAGCGACUCAAGCGAUCUCAGAAGCUCAAGGAGCUAAAAGCUCUUCAACAGAAGCGUAUUUAACUGAAAUGUGUCGAGCAAUGGACGGAUAUUUGAGAUGUUCUCAUCCGAUCAUUCUGGCUAAAUGUGGUGCUGACGCAUGGACUUUGGUCUCUACGGUAACCCGUGACAGUCUUGGAGUGACAAUGCCAAACUGUGACAUGCAUUCGGCACUCUUCUAA